AUGAAUGUCUUCCAAGAUUCUGACUUUUCUGCUGCCACACUUACCGACAUGAGUGAAGAUGUACCAAGGGAUGCUCCACCCCCCACAAAUAACAAUUCUAACAUGAAGGCCAGCCGCACUGAUCCUCAGCCCAGUGAGCAACAGGAGGAAGGGAGAAAGGGAGACAUAAACCAAGUUCCUGGACCCAAUAGGCAGCAAGCCAACAUGAUUUCAGAUGGCAAGCCCCAGUCUCCAGUAAACACAGCUACUGCAAAUGAUGCAGACUUGUCUUAUUGCUACUGUGGACAGCCGGAAGAUGCUGAUGACAUGAUUGCCUGUGACAACCAUAACUGUAAAGUUCAGUGGUACCACAUAGGUUGCCUUAAAAUUAAGAGGGUACCUAAGGAUGUCAUUGACUAA